AUGAGUGGAGAUGAUGAUAGCGACGAGGAUUAUAUGUCCGACAAAUUCUUGAAUCUACCGGUAAAGCCUUUAUGUUCAGGUCUUACGCCGAAAUUCGUGGGGAAGUGCAGUGCAGGGCAACGUCCGCAUUUACCUCAGCCAAAGUAUGGCGGAAAGCAGAUGGACGUUAGGCGAGAAGAGGGCUUAAAGAGACGCAUUGGAGAAGAUAAUAUUGGCUACAGGUUGAUGCUUAAAAUGGGCUUUAAGGGCGACGGUGGAAUAGGUAAAAAAGCUGAAGGUCGCUCUGAACCAUUACCCAUUGAAAUAAUUGAUGGACGAAGAGGUCUUGGUCUGCACAACAUCAAGAAAAGACGGGACGAAGCUAUUGCUGCGGCUAGAGAACAGCGUGAAUCCGAGCUAUCUGCUUUCCAAUCUGACUUUCGUGCUUCAAUGGCCUUAAGAUUUCGAAUGGAGCGCGCUCAACGUCAGUUAAUGGCUGCGCGUUCCAUAUGCAAGACACUUGACUUGGCGCGGUCACUGGAUCAGCCAGUUGACAAGGAUUUCUGGCCUCCGGAUGGGAAUAGGGCAAAGCUACUUGCUCAUUCAGAACUGAUACGCCGGGAAAUUUGUCGUUCUGGUCCUCGUAGCAGCCACAAAAAGAAGCGAGUUCAGCAGAAUGAUGUCGGUGGCGCGAGAGACUCAGACGAACAUGGGAAUGACUAUGAUACUGCUCUGGGAAUCGAGUCUGAUGAGGAAGAGUAUUGCGACAUUGAUGCAGCCCAGCAUGGCCCUAUAGAGUCUCGACCCGACAUAACUUUAUCUCGCCUCUCCAACUACUUGAGGGAGUCGCACUUCUACUGCUUCUGGUGCGGUGUCCAAUACUCAAAUAGGUCCAAUCUCGAGGCCACUUGUCCUGGGCCAAUGGAAGAAGAUCAUGGAUAA